CGCACAUAUUGACUCGGACCAAGUGUAGUACUUACUGUCUUGUGAUAUAUCCCUGUAUGUGUCUAUGCGUCACCUGGUCGUCCAGGGUUAGCGUUCGCACCGGUAGAACCUCUCAGCACCAUCCUCAAGACUCCAUAAAUACAAGUGGAGUAAGACUACGGUGGCAUAUCUUCCGCUUUUCUUUCUUUCGCUCAAAUCAACCGUGACAUCGGCAACCGAAACACUCCUCGUACAAUGACUACCAAGAUCACAUACUUCGAAACUCAUGAUAUUCGAUUUCCCACAUCUUUGACGGGUGAUGGCACUGAUGCGAUGAAUACAGAUUGCGAUUAUAGUUCAGCAUAUGUUACCAUACACACUGACAGUGGGCUUAUCGGUCAUGGAAUGACGUUCACCAUUGGUCGUGGUACUGAUAUUGUGUGCCAUGCGAUCCGGGAACUUGCUGGACGCUUGAUCGGACGGGAUCCCGAGAGCUUUUUCGAGAAUAUGGGCAAGGCUUGGGACUGGAUGUGCUCCGACUCGCAGCUGCGAUGGAUCGGUCCGGAGAAGGGUGUGAUUCACCUUGCAACAGCUGCAGUGAACAACGCCCUGUGGGACAUGUUUGCUCGUGCCAGAGGCAAACCCCUAUGGAAAUUGAUUGUUGAUAUGACUCCCGAAGAGCUAGUAAAUGCGACUGCGUUUCGUUAUAUCACAGACGUGCUUACACGUGAAGAAGCACUUGAGAUGCUUGAGGCCAAGGAGGCUGGGAAGCGUGAAAGGGAAGCCCUUGUUACCAAAGUUGGGUAUCCAGCAUAUAUCACAUCAGCGGGCUGGCUUGGAUAUUCGGAUGAGAAAGUGUCUCGUCUCACGAAGGAGGCCCUUGCAAGUGGGUUCAACCACUUCAAGAUGAAAGUAGGCGCCGACGUCAAGGAUGACUUGCGCAGAGGCAAGAUGAUCCGUUCUAUCAUCGACGACCCCGCAAAUUACCCGUCUGGAUUCAAGGACCCUUCGAGCCCAGAACUGGCUGGCAAGAACGCAGGUCCGACUGGUGCUGUGUUGAUGAUCGAUGCGAACCAGGUUUGGGAUGUCCCACAGGCAAUAGAGUAUGUGACCGGAUUAGCGGAAAUCAAACCUUGGUUUAUCGAAGAACCUACAGCACCUGACGAUGCUUUGGGACACGCUGCGAUCAGGCGGGCACUCAAGCCGUACGGGAUCGGGGUUGCGACUGGGGAACAUGCUCAUAACCGUAUGGUGUUCAAGCAGUUGUUCCAGGCAGAAGCGAUCGAUGUUUGUCAGAUUGAUUCCUGCAGACUCGCAGGUGUCAGUGAGGUUCUGAGCGUGUUGUUGAUGGCUGCAAAGUUUGGAGUCCCUGUCUGUCCACAUGCCGGCGGCGUUGGGUUAUGCGAAUAUGUUAUCCAUCUGAGCGUGAUUGACUACGUCGCAAUUUCCGGAACGAUGGAACGAAAUGUGUUAGAAUUCGCGGACCACUUGCAUGAGCACUUUCCCUACAGGUGUACCAUGAACGAAAGGGGGAGGUACAAUGUUCCGAGUAAUCCAAAGGAAGGGUAUAGUAUUGAGAUGUACAAGGAGAGCAUUGCCGAGUUUGAGUGGCCUAAUGGGUCUUACUGGGUCGGUGCGAGGGGUGGUAAAAAGUUAAGCACUUAGCGAUAAGUAUAAGCUUCUGUAUCAUAGGAAUUUUAGUCUCUAUAUAUCGGAUAGUCGAAGCUAAAGAGAAAAUUUGAAGUUUGA